UUUUAUGCUAUGUUCAGAAGUGAAAAAAAAAAGUUUAGAAUUUUACUAGUGUUACUCAGAUAUUGUUUUUGUUUUGUUUUGUUUUUUUCUUUUUGAUUCUUGUUUCUUUGUUCAUCGGUUUAAAAUUCUACAAUUACUAGUGCUACUCAGAUUGAAUUAUUAAAUGAUUAAUCUGCUCACUGCUGUCGUGCUGUACUCUAUUUUGUUGCUUUUUUUUGUGUGCUGUGAUCUAGUUAAAAUUGUGAUCAUUCUGCUAUUUGCUAAAAAUAUUGCUUACCUAUGUUAAAAUUAUGUUGAAACAUGAUCUUUUAUUUGUUUAAUAUAAUCAGUUUAAUCUUUGUUAAAACUGAGUUGAAACAUGAGCUUUUGUUUAUUCAAUACAAUAGUGAUAUAAUCUAGUUUAAUGAAAACUAAAUGUUAAAUUGUUAAAUUAGUAUGUUUAUUUAUUAUUUUAAUACAAACCAAUUUUAGCAGUUGAAUCAAUAAUUUUACUAAUAACUAGAACAAUUUAUUGACCGAUCCGAUUUCAAAACCUGCCCUAUAACACCUAUAUGUCCAAAACUAGAAGCCCAAAUAGCAGCCCCUUGCUUCAGCCUCCUCCACUGAUGUAGCUGGGUUUGGAGCACUCCAACUCUCCAAGAGACCCGCAUCGUCCCUAAUCACAACUCCAACGCGUCUGUAAUCUCCACUGCUUCAAGAGGCGUCAAUACUCAACAUUUCUCUAAUUUGACUGCUUGCGCUGCAAUUGCGCAACUCACCAGCAUGUUGGGGACAGCAAUAAGGUUGUUUGCCAAGAAACCGAAGCCGAAGAUGGGACCAAUAGAACUUAAGACUCCACCGGAGCAGAGACUCACCAUCACUAGAGUGCUAUUUGAUAUUGUGAAGGAGCAUGGUCCCCUCACCGUUCAAGACACCUGGGAACAUGUCAAGGAGGUUGGAUUGAAAGAUUUGAAAGGCAAGCAACAUAUGAAGAUAGUGUUGAGAUGGAUGAGAGAGAGACAAAAGCUUCGCCUCAUUUGCAAUCAUGAGCAGGAGACAACCGAACAUGAGUUGCUCUUAUGUCCCUGGAUUAGAGCAGUAUGGUUCGGUGCACAAAUUCAGUGCAGCCCAAGGCCAUAGAUAGUUACAACAUCUGGGAAAUGGAUGCUGGACCUUGUAGAAAACAUGAAGAUAAGCUCUUCGGAUCAGAAUACAGAAUGUAUACAAACAAAGCUAGAUGUUUGAUUUGGGAGAUAUGAAAAGGCAUCCAGGCAGUGCAUACUCAGAGCAAGAAUAUUGGAAGUGGAAUUCUCAGACCCAGUGAACACUGCAGAUUUAAAUAACAACAUCAAUAGGAAUAGCAAAGGUGGGAGCAUUACCUGGAGGCCACCACUAAAUGGCUGGAUCAAAGGAAUGUAGAUGCAUCAUUUAAUAAAAAUUCUGUAAAAGGAGCAGUUGUUGUAGUGUUUAGGGACCAUAAUGGAUGCAUUGUAACUGGUUCAGCUUAAAAAAUUAUAGCAUGUUCAGCCCUGACAGCAGAAAAUUUAGAUAUGGAGAGUGUAAUAAUUGAAACAGAUAGUCUGAAUAUCACCCAACCAAUCAAGUCAAAAGAAGACAUUGGCAAGGUUCAACCAUUCCUGGAAGACAUCUGUUGUGGUUAGGUCGCGACAGCCAUGGAAACAAGAAUCUUGGCGCGACGAUCAGAAUGGGUUUGGGUCGGGUAUAAGGAUCAAGUACGGUUCUUUGGGCUUAACCCAAGACCCAAAAAAUAAAUAAAUAAAUAAAUACCUGUUGUGAUAAGAAUCAAUGUAGAUGUCCAUUCUCAAGAAAGAAUGAACUUAAAUGAAAGUUGAAAAUAAAGACCCGUACAUGUAUAAAUAAGAGGCACAUAUCUGAGCUAUCAUACACAAGCAAUAAAAACAAUUCUCUCUCC